AGUAUGCACAGCGCUGAAAUUCAAAUUUGAACAGUAGUUGUUUAGUAAAGAGAGAAGUGAAGAAGAGAAGCUGAGUACUGCUCGGCUCCUGCGUCCUUUUUGUGUACACAAAGGGGUGUACAAGACUUUUAACAGAAAUAAUUAUUGAAAUAUAUCCCGAAGAGUAAUCAACACUGAAGAAUGGAUCCGUUUACUGAGAAACUGUUGGAGCGGACCCGGGCUCGCAGAGAAAACCUGCAGAAGAAAAUGGCAGAGAGACCAAAUGCAGCAAACAGACAGAUGGUGAAAAGGCCACUGGCUGACACGAACAGUGUGAUCACUGAAUCUGUGAUGGAGAAAGCUCCACAGGUGUCCUCCAAACCCUCUCCGUCCAAACGCAGUCGCUCAGGAGAAAACGUCCACAGUGCACCCGGCGAGGAGAACCAGGAACCAGUGAUGACUCGAGCUGUGACUACCACGCUUUCAGAUCCUCCCACGGACAAGAAACCCCCAGCAGGCCCCACCAGUGUUCGAUCUUCUUCCUCCCUGGAGAAAUCUGUUCCCUCACCUGUGGUUCAGUCUCAGUCGGAUCAGCUGAAAACUGCACAGCCAAAGCCGGAGAAGAUGGCUGUGACUCCGUCCCUUGAUCCACCUAUCAGCAGAGAAGCAGAGCCUCUGAGUUCAGCUCUGCAGAGGAACAGAGAGCAGCUGGUGGUGGAUCCAGCGCCAUCCACUUCUGGGAUGAGGUCCCGUCUGCAGAGACUGGCAGAGCAGAGGCAGUGUUGGGAUGGAGAUGACUUCGCUAAUGAAGUCCCGGACUGCGCCCCUCUGUCUAUGAUGACAAGACAACCUGAGGUCCCAGCAGCCGUUCCACCUGUGUCCUCCGGGACUCCUCUGGGAAGGAGAGGACGGCUUGCCAACCUUGCCGCCACCAUUGGAUCCUGGGAAGACGACCUGAGUCAUGCUAACAUUCCCAAGGAGAACUCAAAGGAGAAAGCUGCCCCAAAGGUAGCAAUGAGAGAGAACACUAUGGCUGCCAGCACUAAACCAGGUGCUGCAGGUCGCAUGGUCUCUGAUACAAACUGCAAGUCUACACCCAGCUCUAAUGGGCAGGUUGUUCGUUCUACGGUAAAAUCAAGCGGAAUUGUUCCUCCCAGCCCUCAGAAGGCUGAAAUUCCUGCAGCCAAACCAGCUCUUCAGCCUGUCUCCAGUCCUCAGAAGAGCUCUGUCCAGACUAAAACUGUCUCAUCCAGUCCACAGAAGAACAUCCCGUCAUCUUCAAUAUCAGUUCCUCAAAGUCCGCUAAAGAACCCAGCCCUCUCCAGGGGUCUCAAUCCCACUUCCAGCCCCCAGAAGCCAGAGCUGCGUGCCAAACCCACAAUUGUUGGCCCCACGGCCUCUCAGGAAAAAGGCACAGCAGGAACACCUGGUGUAAAGUCUUUCCUGGAGCGCUUUGGAGAGAAAUGUCAGGAGCGUACCAACCCAAGUUCUCCAGCAGGGGGCAUCAGUCACACAAAGACUCCCACAGUCACUCCAUCAUCAGUCACGCCAAACACUCGGCUGGUCCAGGAGAGGCUGAGAGCAGCUCAGGCUGCUAACACAGCCACAGCUGAUAUCACCCUAAAACAGAAGCUGGAGCGAGAGUCUGAGCUGGCUCAGAUCCGCAAUCGCUUCCAAAAGGGAAACAACAUGUGGAAAAACAAAGAUGAAGCAGCUGAAACCAACAAAAACACAGAAAACAAGGAGCAGCUUUCAAAGCCUGUGGAAGAUAAAGAUUCCCAGAGUGAGUCACAUGAUAAACUCACAGUGGCUUCCACUGAGAUUACAGAUACACCGAUAAAGUGUGCUCCACCAGCAGGUUUUGGGUUGUUGGCAACUCCUCCAGCCUCCACCUCCAGUCCUUUGAGGGUGUUGGUUCAGGCAGAGGAAAAAAAAUCAGAAGAAAGCCCAGAAGAAGAAAGAGAAGAAGUGGAAAUGGUGAAGGAGAUAGAGAUGAAUGUUGACCAGUCAAUCAACUCUGAGGUGAUCAAUGAGCUGUUUGACGGGAUCCUGGAGCAGAGUGAAGAUCAGAACAAUGAAGAGGAGGAGGAGGAGGAAGAUGCUCUGAAUAUCUCCUCCAUGUCUCUCCUCACUCCACUGGCAGAGACCGUGGGUGCUGUAGUGAAGAGUCCAGACAGAAGGAUGAUGACGUCAACUCCAGCCAGCUCGUUCAUCAUCAAGAACACUCAGGAAAAGGUCUCCAAACAGAGCAAGUUCCAGAGGGCCAACAUGAUCCGGACUGCCUCCUCAGACAGCAUUGAGGCCACGGAUGAGGACCACAAACUGCCAUACAGCAUUGAUGCAUACAGGUCCACCAGGGUGAAAGAGACAGAGAGACCAAACGUGAAGCAAGUGAUUGUGAGGAAAGAGGACGUUUCCAACAGAGCGGAGGAGGCCAGAGGAGCUAGUCUGUUCAGCAUCAAACAGAAGAUGAAGAUUCUGACCAAUGAGAUGAACCUGCAGCAGACAGUCAUCCACCAGGCCAGUCAGGCGCUCAACUGCUGCACAGAUGAGGAGCAUGGCAAGGGAUCCCAGGUGGAGGCUGAGGCAGAGAGGCUGCUGCUGGUUGCAACUGAGAGGAGGGAGGCAUUGAAGGCAGAACUAGACCAUCUGAAAGGAGACCCAGCAGGCCAGAAAAAAGCUCCUCCAGCCCCAGAUCCUGCUGGAGUUACUGCAUCCAAAGGCUCCAUCAGCCUGCAGGAGCUGCGCCUGCCUCUCAAGGCAGACUUUGUUUGCUCCACUGCCAACAAGCCAGAGUCGACCAAAUACUCCUUCUUCAUCAUGAUUCGGGCUGGAGCAGAAAACACGGUGGCCACGCCAUUAGCCAGCACGCACCGGGGCCUCAGCGGGGACACCCUGGCUUUCCCAACCAAGUUUAACAUUCCUGAUGUCUCCAGUAACUUUGAGAUUGAUAUUGAAGUCUAUGGACUUAUGCAGAAACGUGAGCUCUGUGUUGACAAGAAGAAGAAACCCAACAAGUCAAAGACAAUAUGGAGGCAGGUUCAUGAAGCCCAUGAUUUGUGUAUGUCGGCUAUCACUCCCAAAAGAUUCCUUGCCAUCACUAAGAGUGCUCAGACUCCAGUUGUUGCCAGUCCUGGCGGCCCCAACGCUGUUCGAACGAGUAACUUCGUCCUCGUAGGAUCGCACAAACUCACUCUGUCAUCUAUUGGGAAAAACAAAUUUCCUCUGGAGAAGAUCAGAUAUGAAGGAGGUGAAAGAGAACUGCUCAGUGACAUGUUUCAUACCAAGGUGCCGUUCUUGUGUCCAUUGGAGGGCCACGUCUUCCUGAAGAUGCAGUGUGAGGUGGGCUCAAAGGUGGAGGAGAGGGGCUUCCUGACAAUGUUUGAGGACGUUAGCGGAUUUGGAGCGUGGCACAGGAGGUGGUGUGUCUUAUCAGGAUACUGCAUCUCUUACUGGACUUAUCCAGACGAUGAGAAGCGCAAGAACCCCAUUGGUCGCAUCAACCUGGCAAACUGCACCAGUAAAAAGGUUGAACCAGUGAACAGAGAGUUCUGUGCCAGGCCAAACACAUUUGAGCUGAUCACAGUGAGACCUCAGAGAGAGGACGACAGAGAAACGCUUGUCAGCCAGUGCCAAAACACCAUGUGUGUCACCAAAAACUGGCUGAGCGCUGACACUAAAGACGAGAGGAAUCUGUGGAUGAAAAAACUGAACCAGAUUCUUGUGGAUCUGCGGAUGUGGCAGCCAGAUGCCUGUCACAGACCGCUGUAAUGUCUGCACUCCGUCAUGCCCAACCCUGCUCUAUAUAGACUGUCGGUAUCUGUGACAUGCAAAAACUAAGUGCAAUACACUCAAAGAAAUGUUAAAUAUUUUAACUGAUAGAUGAGUGAUCAGACACGUAGAGUACAAGAGAGCAAAUAAAGCCAUACAUGUGGAACAUUUCAGUAUUUUGAGGAGAAAUUGGGGUUUAAUUUUAAACAUUUUCACACAAUGUUUUCAUGCUCUUAUGUUUUAUGAUGCUGGUGAGAAUAUUUAGUGUGCUCGAAACAAUGCAUGGCUUUAAAAUGUUUGAAAUCAUCAUAUAAAUGUUGAAAUGACAGAUGAAUAUUAAUUUGAAGCACAAAGUUUUAUCACAUUUUAUCCUGCUUGAUCGCACAGAAUAAUAAUGAAACCUUUGGGAGGUGUUACCUUAUAUAUUUAGCUUUUGCGGCAGGACUUUCAUUUUGGUUGUUUUCAAUGCCAUGCACAGAUGUUUUACACUAAAACUUUGUAAUGCUUGUUUGUUUGUUUUAAAUGUGGAAGUUGAAAUCUACUUAAGGUCUGCUACAUAUUCAGCACAAUACAGCAAAGUUUUUAUAACCAAACAUUGGUCAAUAUUUGUGUUUUGUAUGCAAAAAAGUGAUGUUUUUUUGAUGAGGAUCGUAGCUUUUACAUUACAAACGUGUAAGCACAGACUGUAAAUAAAAAGCUGGUGUA